UGACCUAUCUACCUACCUACUGUUCCAAUUUCAUCCAUCACCUCGUUGUCCAAACUCAUCGCCCAUCACCAUCCAGCCACCGUCCAUUACUUGUUAUUCCGUCCAUAUCGCUCGUAAAUUUGCCGCUUCCAUCCGCGCGAUAACGUCUAUCUGCGCUCUCGAUCGAACCUCUCUCGACCGUGCCAGAACAUUGAAAAGAACCGCGACUUUCGCUUAGACCCAGCCGCAUCUUCCGUCGUCACCAUGUCCGGCCAAGACGCCCCCUACGAUCCCUACAUCCCCAGCGGCCAGGCCGGCGCUCCUCAGCAGCAGCAGCAGGGCGGCAAUGCCAGAACCCAGGCUUUACAGGCUCAAAUCGAUGACACUGUCGGUGUUAUGCGAGAGAACAUCAACAAGGUGUCCCAGCGUGGUGAACGACUCGAUGCCCUUCAAGAUAAGACCGACAACCUUGCUGUAUCUGCCCAAGGCUUCCGUCGUGGCGCCAACCGAGUGCGCAAGCAGAUGUGGUGGAAGGACAUGAAGAUGAGAAUGUGCAUAAUCAUAGGCAUCAUCAUUCUUCUAGUUAUCAUCAUCGUCCCCUCCGUCAUCCUCGGUGGCCGGUAAGGAAUAAAAACAAGGAAAUAUGGUAGAGUCGCCAUACGACUUGGGUAUGAUGGCCUAGAGAAAAUCUGGGCUGUGCUGGAUUGGUUUUGAUUGUUGCUAUGAUGAUGAAUUGAAUCUGAUUAGGCUAUGAACUGGCCGGGUUUUGCCGGUCACACAAAGCACGACACAGAGGAGUUUUGUCCUUUUUGGUUUCUUAUCGGCUUUCUCCAAAUUAGCCUUCAUGGAGCAAGGAUUGCUUCUAACUUAUUACCAUGGCCAAGUGCGCACGGGAAAGGCUAGAGAGAGCGAGAGAGAGAAUCAACCUUGUAUGUACUACGGCGUGGCGUUUUCCCCUAAACCCCAUUAAUUGAUAUACCUCACGACCCCUUGAUUAUUGCUUCCCGUUGCCUACAAUCUUGUUCAGUGGAAUGUCUAUUUAUUGUCAGAUGCUUCAUGUGAUGUUGAAAAUACUUGAUGCAGUAGCUAGGUAGCACGAUACCUGGGGUGCGUCACAAUAUUCGAGGCGAGGAGAAACCAUUGGGGUGUAGUUGUUACUAUAUAGAUAGAUCGUUUUUUUUUUUUUUUUUUCAUCUCUCGAGACUGUAGUGUAACAUCAUGUAGCCGCACUCUAUCAUUUAAGCGGCAUCUUGAAUUGUAGAAUUUCAGUCCAUAGAUAAAACCUAUAGAAGCCAGCUAGUGUAAUUCUGUUGCCGUAAAGUUUUAAGAACUACCUACAUAUAUGUAUCUAAUUUGAAG